AUGGCAAGUAAGAUUUGCAUUGGUGGACCUGCUGUUGCACUGGGCUAUCUGAAUCGCGAUGUCGAGACGAGCAAUCGCUUUAUUACUCUUGACGGGCUCAGGUGUUACCGAAGCGGUGACUACGGCAGGAUCCUGAGCGAUGGGAACCUUGAGUAUCGGGGACGUAUCUCUGGUAAUUUCUCAGAUCAAACUUCGGGGAAUGCAUCUAGAACUGGAUGGUAUCUCCAAAGUUAUCAUCCAGUCCUCCGAGGGGUUGUUACCGAUGCGGCGGUCAUUGCCAAGGGUGAUUCCAAUCAGUGUUUGGUUGCUUUUGUUGUAUUUUCCCAUGCUCUUCGAUCGGUAGAUGUCGACAGCUUCACCAGAGCACUUAUUAACGCUUUGCCAUUGCCAACCUACGCAAAACCUGCGACGAUCAUUCCUGUUGAUCCAUUCCCCUCACUGAUAGUGGGAGAGAGUACUUCGAUCUAA